AUGCAGAUGGCCCUCCUCUGCUCUAGCCUCCUCCAAGAGGGUUUUGACUUUACGGGGGCUAUGAGGAGUCAUCACUGCGUGGACAUUCAUAGCUUUGUUGAAAAGGACGAGGAAGAUGACCGGCCGCUGCUUGAACAGCGUCAAGCCGGUAUCUUUUACGAGUUGCUCCUCAUCGUAACUGUUCCUAUGUGGUAG